GUGUGGACUCUGACGUGGAAAGACGCAUGUCGUGCGCUAGUGCACACCUACCUAGUUGCUAGGUCUCUGGAUUACUUCUAUGAAGCACCGAAGUGACAUUUCCAGUUCGAUCCGUUACUGAACCAAGUUUGUUCUAUUUUAGUGAAGAUUCUGCCGCCAUGGCAUUGAUGGCGACCUCCCCUGACCUCCUGUCGGAGUCUUGGCUCUCCCCGACGCCCAUGCCACACCACGCCCUGCCAGAGGACAUCUGGAGCAAGUUCGACAUCGAGCACGACCGCGCCCUCGCCCUCACCAACCCCGAGGCGAUGCUGGAGCACCACAGCAUGAGCGGCUUCUCCCCCGUCAUGGGCUUCACCUCCACGGCCUCCGCCAGCGCCGCCUUCCACCAGGACCUGGCCACCCUGCCCACGCCCCCGCACUCGCCCCCCACAGAGCACGACCUGGACGACCUCGUGGCCUCCAUCCCCGAGAUCCUGGAGUCCCCCUCGGCCACGCCUCCUUCAGAUAUCAGCGACAUCCUGUCCGACCUGGAGGGCAUGGAGACCGCGCCCCUGGGAGCCGAGACCAGCAUGGACUGGUCGGCCGGCUGCCCCUCGUGGUGGACGCCGCCCAUGGCGCCCGUGCCCGAGGAGUCCGUCAAGCGAGACAUCAUGUGGGGGGGCGGCGGCUGCUGCUCCUCGCUGCUGGAGGUGGCGCCGAGGAAGGACCGCCAGGUGUCUGAGUGCUCGGCCGACGCCGCCCUCAGGGACGCCCUCCGCCCCGACGAGAUCUCCGAGGACGACGAGGAGGACUCCGAGGACAACCUGCCCGACACGCCCUCCGGCACCGACAGCGACUGCGACAUCGACGAGUCCAUGAGCGAGACGUCGAGUCCCUCCGGCAGCCCCAGGAGCACCAACAGCGCCUCCCGCUACAACGCCAAGAGCGCCUUCCGCAGCAGCUCCAGCAGCGCCUCCUCCUCCUCCUCCUCCGCCUCCCCCUCGUCCGCCUCCCCCGCCAGCAGCAUCGAGCACAACGAGCACAACUACUGCGGCAGAGUCCCCGCCCCUGAAAACCACACGAUGCCCGGGAUCCUCACGCCCUCAGACACGGAAGACGAAGUGGACGUGGUCUCCUGCAACGACCAGGCUGAGGCGGCCUCCCCGCUCAAUGCCUCCGCCAGCGCCACCAGCGCCUCCCGCUCCCCCUCCCCCCGGUGCCAGGCGCCGUCCAAGCGCUCCGUGGACGUGAAACGACAGCUGCAGAUGGCCAUCCAGGAGGCCAUGAGGAACCGCCAGUGCCGUUCCGCCGGGGCCACGUACGUCGAGGGCGAGGAGGCCGCGACCGCCACCGCCGCCACCGCCACCACCGGCAGCAGAUUCGUGUCCGUCAAGAUCAAGACUCAGGGAAAGCCCGCCGCCUACACCAAGCGCAUGAGGGACUACCACUCCGAGUUAAAAUCAAUUGAGAAUCAUAUCAGACUCAUAUCAAACGACCAGCAUCUCCAUAUCCCGACCUGUGCUGACCUUCGCCCUCCUCCCCCCCAGACUUUAGCCCCACAGGUGUAUCAGAAACCACAUGUGUAA